GUUUACAUGGAAAAUGAUAAAGACGACGGUUAUCAUUCAUUAUUAUCUAAAAAUGUUUUCUUCAUUUUAAAUCGAAACAGAAACUUCAUUUAUUACAAUGUAAUAUGAACUCAAUGAAAAGCUGCCAUUCAGCAUUAUAAACUGAAAUUAUUAAACAUACAGAAUUUGUGGCAAAAUAUGGAUUCAUGUGACAUCAUCGUUUACUGUUUGUCAGGAGUGUUGGGUUUGGAGAUAAUUGCCUUACUGAUUGUCUCUGUAUGCAUCUGUACUGGGACAAUUGAAGCAAAAUUAAGAAAGAAGAAUUUACGACUAAAAGAUAAACUCAGAGAGGAAAAAACACGACUAGAAGAUGAACUUAGAAAGGAGACACAGGAAAAAGAGGAUGCAUUGAAACGCCUGAGUGCAAUUAUGUCAAGUCGUUUGAGGGAUGGAAACCCUAAUAUAGCAGAUCUGAACGACUUAAAUCGUCCAACCAAAGUGGGAGAACAUUUUUCAGAACUUUAUGACAAUCAGUGGACAGAUGCAUACGAUGCAAUCAAGAAUUUCUUCGAGAACACUCUAACAGAACUUGAAAUAAUUCAAAUACUUCUAGAACUAGUAAAGGAAUGUUUUACAGAAUGUAAAGCCGUAUCAAAGAACCAGAUGGAAAAGCUAAAGGAGAACGUGGAAAAUAUUACCGCCAUUAUUACAAAGAGUGACAGUCAACUUCCGUCUUAUCUGAUGCAACAUAUUAAAGAAGAGAGGAAACUGAUCGCCCCGAAUCACAUUCCAGCAGUAGAUAUGAUUCUACCUAGGUUGGAGCGGAACUUUUCAUCGAAAAACCGAAACCCAAAAUUUCUUGAUGAGCCUCCUAUGAAAGCAUACAUACAAGAAUGUCUGAAACUUUCGUGGUUCAUGGUCAUACAAGACCCUCCAAUGACAAUGAUUCUUGAACCUGCAUCCAAUGAUUAUAGAUACUUUAAGGAGUACAAGAAUCGAGGCAAAUUUCUUGGUUAUAUUGUAUGGCCAGCUUUGCUUUUACAAGAAGAAGGUGAAUUGAUAUGUAAAGGUACUGCAGAGUUCACUAGCGCCUCUUCGUCACUAAAUUCAGAAGCGGAACUAAAUGUACGACUUUAAAUGCAAAGAAAGUUGCAUAUAACAGCAGUGCGUUGGCAAUGUGUUUCUGUUCGGCAUAUUUUAUUAAAUGUCUGUAUAAAAAUGCAUAUAAUUGAUAACAAUUCUACUGCCUAAGGGAUAUAUGCUUACAAAUCAGAAAGAACUAUCAUAAAGUCAAGAAAGCGCUAAUUAAUCCAGUAAUUGCAAACGCUUGAAAGAGGUGCUUUCAAGAUAGCAAUUAUUUAGACAUGUAGCAGUUUAUCAGUGCGAGUGUGACAUUAUAAUUUGAUUUUGAUUAAUUAAAAAUUCUUUACUGACCUCAGUUAAUUUUUUACUUUGAUGAUAAUCUAUACACGCUACAUGCUAUUUUGUAAAUAAAAUACAUUAAAUUAUGGCAUUUUUGCGUCGCCUCUACGGAGUAGUGGCGACAUAUAGGGAUCACUUCUCCGUCGUCUGUCUGUCCGUCUGUCUGUCCGUCCGUCACAAAACUUGUCCGGACUACUCCUCAUAAACUACUGGUGCAAUUUCAUUGAAACUUUACAGGAAUGAUCUGUACCAAGUCUAGUUGUGCAUAUUGUCAGCAUUUUUUCGGUUCAAUGUUUUUAUCAGAGUUAUUGCCCUUUAAUAAUUUUUAUUCUUUAAGUCUGUCCGGACUACUUCUCUUAUAGCACUUAUGCAAUUUAAAUGAAACUUUACAGGAUUGAUCAGUAGCUCAAGUCUUUGCGCAUAUUGCACAGGUUUCCCGGUUGAAUGAUUUUUGGCCGAGUUAUGACCCUUUGAUAAAAAGGUGUUUUUUUCUGUGUGUUGCCAGAUACACAAAAGCUUGUCCGGACUACUCCUCAUAAACUACUGGUGCAAUUUUGUCCAAACUUUACAGGAAUGAUCAGUACCAAGUCUAGUUGGGCACUGUCCGUCUGUCUGUCCGUCUGUCAAAAAACUUGUCCCAACAUGAAAUUGGCCAUCAUGAGGCGACACAUGUGAUCACUGAUCGCUCUUGUUAUUUCAUGGUUGUUGGUCAAGGAGUGUUCAAAUAUGAAUGCAUCUAAGCACGUAAAAAUUGAUUUUUCAUGGGUUUCACUUGAUAUUUCAUUUCCUCAAAGUUUUCACCUCCAGAUCAGUCUGUGGAGGCACUUUCAUAUUCUUCUUAAGGUAAAUAUAAAGACACUGUAUUAUUGCAGAAUUGAUGUGUUUGCGCUGAUAAAAUUUUAACCUGAAAGGUAUUUUUAGCUUUAGAAACAAACAGAAGUCACAAGGGGUAAGGUCAGGUAAUUAUGGAGGAUAGUUGAGCACAACGACUUUUUUCUGCCCCAGAAAGUAUUGCACUUUAAACGCCAUGUGCGAAGACGCGAUGUCAUGCAACUUUCUGACAUUGGCCAAACCGUUUCCGAAAGUAUUUGUUAGUUUUUGAAGAACUUUUCGCAUUAACCCUUUACCUCAUAUAUACGCGAAACAACGCACUUUCGACCCCCCUUUUUUAGGCUUGAAAUAGUGAAAAAAUGCCCUAUUCGGGCCCCAAACACAUGUUUUCGUUUGAGAAAUGUUGCUUAAAAAGUGAGCACUUUUUCGGCGCGGCCCCCUAUCCAAAAGGUACAUAAAGGGGGUUGCCAGAAGGGUUGGGGGUUUUAAGGGGGGCGGAGUCCCCCUCAUCUCCAAGAAAAUUUUGGACUUGUGAGAGGCUUAAAAUGAACCCAUGUCGAUCAUAAGGUAACGUGUAACCAACUCUGAAAAGCCUUUGACUCUAUAUCAAUCCCUUGAGAAGUUGCAGCACUUUGAAAUAAAUUUUGAUGGAAAAAAUGGAGGCAAAAUAGUGAUUUUUGGCAAUUUUGAGAUGUCCCCUCGUUGCCAUGGUUACAGGAAAUUUAAGACUGAGCAUGUUGUUACAAAGGCAAUGGUCCAGUCAACAUUUGUGCCAAGUUUGAUUAGUAUUGAAGCAUUUUUCAUAGUUUCAUAGCAGUUUGAACUUGUAAGAGGAGGCUUUUCAGUGAAAAUGGCCAUUUUUCACAAUAUGCUCAUGGGGGAAAGGGUUAACUAAAAAAAACAUAAAUGUUACAAAACAACAUUUUUUUCACCAAAAUUAGGUAAAAGAUCACAUGUUAACAUGGAAAAACUAGAUUUUGGGUGAUUCCAAAGUUUUUCAACAUUUUUUGUUAUCUCUUUAACUCAUAUAUACGCGAAACAACGCACUUUCGACCCUACCCACUUUUUUAGGCCUUAAAUAGUGAAAGAAAUGUCCUAUUCGGGCCCCAAACACAUGUUUUCGUUUGAGAAAUGUUGCUAAAAAAAGUG